AAAAAAAAAAAAGAAAUUGAACAACCUAGAUAAAAAAAAAAUAAAACAGAGCUGUGAGAGAGAGAAGAAGAAGAAAAAAAACCGCCACAGAUAGAAAUGAUGAAGCAGAGCUCAUCGGAUGCAGUCUCAUCCUCUUCAUCAUCCAUCGACCUAUCUCACCCCUCAUCCUCCUCCUCCUCAUCGGACAAGCCCCUCUGCUCCUCAUCGAUUUCCCCCGCCGAAGACCACCAGGUCGGAUCGUCGAGAGACGGGAGCGGAGGCGCUCAAGAGAUCGUGGCCAUCGAUCGCCGAGGAGAUUACACGGCCAUGUGCCGAUGGACGGUCGAGAACUUCACACGUGUCAAAGCCAAGGCACUGUGGAGCAAGUACUUCGAUGUGGGAGGCUACGAUUGCCGUCUCCUCGUUUACCCUAGAGGAGACUCUCAGGCCCUUCCUGGCUACAUCAGCAUCUAUCUUCAGAUCAUGGACCCUCGCGGAACGUCGUCGUCUCGCUGGGACUGUUUCGCUAGCUACAGGCUCUCGAUCGUCAACCAUGUGGAUGAGUCUCUCACGAUACAUAAGGAUUCUUGGCAUAGAUUCUCUAGUAAGAAGAAAUCGCACGGGUGGUGCGAUUUCACGCUUAACUCGAGUGUGUUGGAUCCAAAGAUGGGGUUUUUGUUUAACAAUGAUUCCUUGCUUAUUACUGCUGAUAUCUUGAUUCUCAAUGAGUCUGUUAGCUUUAGCCGUGAUAGCAACAAUGAGUCGGGAUCGUUGUUUAAGGAAGCUGGGCCAAUGCCGGAUGUGUUGAGUGGGAAGUUCACUUGGAAAGUGAAUAAUUUUAGCUUGUUUAAGGAGAUGAUCAAGACGCAGAAGAUAAUGAGCCCUGUGUUUCCUGCUGGGGAGUGUAACUUGAGGAUUAGUGUGUACCAGAGCGUGGUUAACUCCCAGGAAUACAUAUCUAUGUGUUUGGAGAGUAAAGAGACUGAUAAGACCAUGGUUUCGGAUAGGAGCUGUUGGUGUUUGUUUAGGAUGUCGGCUUUGAAUCAGAAGCCUGGGUGCACUCACAUGCAUAGAGAUUCGUAUGGGAGGUUUGCUGCUGAUAACAAGAACGGUGAUAACACGAGCUUGGGCUGGAACGAUUACAUGAAAAUGUCUGACUUUGUGAACCCGGAAUCAGGUUUUUUGCUCGAUGACACGGCUGUGUUUAGCACCUCCUUUCAUGUUAUCAAAGAGUUCAGUAGCUUUACUAAGAAUGGCGGGUUGGUCAUGGGAAGAAAUAAUGGAAAUGGAGCAAGGAAAUCAGAUGCGCAUAUGGGGAGAUUCACUUGGAGAAUUGAAAACUUCACUAAGUUAAAGGAUCUUCUGAAGAAGAGAAAGAUAACAGGUCUUUGCAUUAAAAGUAGAAGGUUUCAAAUUGGGAACCGGGAUUGUCGACUUAUUGUUUACCCCCGAGGGCAGUCCCAGCCACCAUGUCAUCUUUCAGUAUUUCUUGAAGUGACGGAUUCAAGAAGUUCUAGUGAUUGGAGCUGUUUUGUUAGCCACAGACUAUCAGUUGUGAACCAGAGAUUGGAGGAGAAGUCGGUGACAAAGGAAUCUCAGAAUCGCUACUCGAAAGCUGCAAAAGAUUGGGGUUGGCGUGAGUUUGUGACACUUACUAGUUUGUUUGAUCAAGACUCUGGAUUUCUUGUUCAGGAUACCGUUGUGUUCUCCGCUGAGGUUCUUAUCUUGAAAGAGACAUCUAUUACGAAAGACUAUGUGGAGGCAGAAUCAUCUAAUUCAGCUUCACAGAUUGAUAGUAGCGUGAAAAGAAGUUCGUUUACGUGGAAAGUGGAGAAUUUCCUGGCGUUCAAGGAAAUAAUGGAAACACGAAAGAUUUUUAGCAAGUUCUUUCAGGCUGGUGGAUGUGAACUCCGGAUUGGUGUAUAUGAGUCCUUUGACACCAUAUGCAUAUAUUUAGAGAGUGAUCAAUCUGCGGGUACAGAUGUGGACAAUAACUUCUGGGUUAAGUACAAGAUGGGUAUUCUGAACCAAAAGAAUCCGGCCAAAAGUGUAUGGAAGGAGUCAUCGAUAUGUACAAAGACAUGGAAUAAUUCCGUCUUACAGUUUAUGAAGGUCUCUGACAUGUUGGAGGCUGAUGCAGGGUUUCUUGUGCGUGACACUGUUGUUUUUGUGUGUGAAAUAUUGGACUGUUGUCCGUGGUUUGAGUUUUCAGACUUAGAGGUCUUGGCUUCAGAUGAUGACCAAGAUGCCUUAACCACUGAUCCUGAUGAAAUUAUUGAUUCUGAGGAGAGUGAGGGCAUAAGUGGGGACGAGGAAGACACUUUCCAAGAUUUUCUUUCCCAAGCUGGAUUCCAUCUCUCGUUUGGUGAGAAUCCUUCACAGCCCCAGGUUACUCUUCGAGAAAAGCUGCUAAUGGAUGCGGGUGCAAUUGCUGGAUUUCUUACUGGAUUGCGUGUUUAUCUUGACGACCCUACUAAAGUAAAGCGCUUACUUCUUCCCACGAAAAUAUCUUGUAAUGAUAGAAGCAAGCUAACCAAAAGUGAUGAAUCUUCACCCAGUCUGAUGAAUUUGCUGAUGGGUGUUAAAGUUCUACAGCAAGCAAUUAUUGACUUACUUCUAGAUAUCAUGGUCGAGUGUUGUCAACCUUCUGAGGAGGAAGGCUCUUGUUCUGAGCCUUCUUUAAUCGACCCAAAGACAGAUGGCUGCGUGGCGUCAACUUCUUUGGAGCCAACAAGGGAAAAUGGAGCAGCAGAACCUUCACAACAUCUUGUUAACGAGAGAUUCAAAUCUGAUGCAGAUGCUACUACCCUCAGUACCUCAGCUGUGCACAGCUCUGGGAUGAAUGGGAUUGAUAUACUUGAGAAAGUCCUUGCAAUAGAGCCUGUUUCUCCCCCUGAAACAUAUGCUAGGCAGUCUUCCGAUGGUUCUGUCCAAUCAAAGACAAAAUGGCCAGAACAAUCUGAGGAGCUAUUGGGACUAAUUGUUAACUCACUGAAAACCCUUGAUUCGGCUGUUCCACAAGGUUGCCCUGAGCCUAGACGACGACCUCACUCAGCUCAAAAGAUUGCUCUUGUAUUAAACAGAGCGCCCAAACAUUUGCAAUCAGAUUUAGUUAGUCUGGUUCCUAAACUGGUUGAGCAUUCGGAGCACCCGCUAGCUGCUUAUGCACUUAUUGAACGGCUUCAAAAGCCUGAAGCUGAACCAGCAUUGCGUCAACCAGUUUACAAUGCUCUUAGCCAGUUAGAUUGUGACAGUGAAGUGUGGGAGCACAUUCUACUUCAGUCAUUUGAGAUUCUGAGCGACUCAAAUGGGGAAAAUCUUAUGGCGACCAUUCAUUUCAUAUUUAAAACUGCCUCCCAGUGCCAACACCUACCUGAAGCCGUAAGGUCAGUCCGUGAGCGGCUUAAAAGCCUGGGUGCUGACGUGCCUGUUUGCGUCCUUGAAUAUCUUAGUAAAACUGUACACAGUUGGACUGAAAUUGCCGAAAUGCUACUUAAGGACAUCAACUGUGACGACAGUCUAGGGGACAAUUUUGUGACAUUACCCUGCGGGCCUUUUCUGAUUGGUGAAAAUGAGACUACCUCCGAAAUGGCGGAUUUGAUGGAUGAGCAUGAAUUCUAUUCAAACAGACAAUUUUGUGAUGUCUACAUUCUUCUGGAAAUGUUGUCCGUUUCGUGCCUAGCUGUGGAGGCAUCUCAAACAAUCGAAAGAGCUGUUGCUCGUGGAGCCAUUGGUGCUCAGUCUGUUGCUAUGGUCCUUGAAAAAAGACGUGUUCAGGGCCCAAAUCUGAGUGCUACAAGUGGGGAUCCUGUAUUGGAAGGAGAAGCCAGUGAUGAACAAGCCGCUGAAGGGAUUGAGUUCAGGGCAAUUCUUAAUCUUGCGGAGACAUUAACUCAUUCUGGAGAUCCUCAAGUGAGGGGGUUUGUUAAAAUGCUAUACACAAUAUUAUUCAAAUGGUUUCCUGAUCAGACCUUUAGAUUUCAAAUACUGCGGAGACUUGUAGAUAGAUUCACCAGCCCUGCGAGUAGCAGCAGUGAGUUAGACCUAGAGUUGGAGGUUCUUGCUCUUCUGAUUUUUCAGGAACAAGAGGUUGCGAGACCCGUUUUAGCCAUGCUGAAAAAGGUUGUGGAACAUGCAAAUAUUGACAGGGCCGCUCUGUGGCACCAACUGCGUGUAAACAAAGAAGAGCUUGUCAGAUUGAAGGAAGAAAAGAAGACAGAGAUUCAAACUCUAACUAAGGAGAAAUCUGCCAUCACACAAAAAUUAAGUGAAUCUGAGGCUGCAAACACCCGUCUUAAGUCUGAAAUGAAAGCUGAGACGGACCGAUUUGCUCGGGAAAGGAAGGAUCUGGUAGAACAGUUUCGGGAUGUGGAGAGUCAACUGGAGUGGGUGCGGUCAGAACGUCAAGAUGAGAUAGCUAAGCUCUCGUCUGAGAAGAAAAGUCUUCUGAAUCGCCUUCACGAGGCAGAGACGCAACUUUCUUUGCUUAAAACUCGAAAGCAUGAUGAACUUAAGAAGGUAGGGAAAGAGAAAACUGCUCUAAUGGAGAAGCUAAAGGUAACAGAGGUAGCGCGGAAAAGAUUUGAAGAAGAGCUGAAACGGUAUGCCACAGAGAAUGUAACUCGUGAAGAACUCCGCAAGUCACUUGAGGAUGAAAUCAGACGAUUGACGCAAACAGUAGGGCAAACAAAAGAAGAGAAACGAGAGAAAGAAGAUCAGGUUGCUCGUUGUGAAGCUUACAUUGAUGGAAUGGAAUCCAAACUCCAAGCUUGCCAGGAAUACAUCCUCACACUCGAAUCCUCACUUCGAGAUGAGAUGUCAAGACAUGCGCCUCUAUACGGUGCCAAUUUAGAUACUCUAUCGCCGAAGGAACUUGAUACAAUAGCUCGGAUCCAUGAGGAAGGGCUAAGGCAGAUCCAUGCCCUUCAACAACAACGUAAAGGAAAUGGUUUACCGCAUGGUCUCCCUCAUGGUCAUACACUUUACCCGACUACACCACCUCAGCUUCCUCCCAUGCCGAUCGGUUUGCCACCUCAGAUUCUUCCUAAUGGUUCAGGGGUUCACUCAAACGGACAUGUUAACGGUUCGGUCAGGCCCUGGUUUAGCCACCACACCUAAAAAAAAAUACAUAUUUUCUUUCACGGGAAGACUACAACAAAAGAAUGGCCUCUUGACUUUGUUUUUGAGAGGUAAAUCAAUCAAUCAAUAUCAUCCAUGUUUAUUUUUGUCUGAGAUUUUCGGAGGGGUUUUUGGACUGAUAGAACCAUUGGGGAAAAUCAAUGUAGAAGAUGAAUAAGAAAAAUAGAAGAGGAUACAGAUGCACAAACAUGUUUGUGAAAGAAAAAUAUUGUAUAAGCUGUUAUGCCAAUGGAACUAACAGUUGCCUUAACAUUUAUGGCAUGGAUCCAACCCAAAUCGGGUAUUAAGAUAUAGCUUUAAGAAUGGCGUUGUGUUUGUCCUUAGUUAAGACAGACUUAGCUUUAGGACAUUGUCG